AUGGCCGCAGAAUCUUCCCCGUGGCAGUGCGUUUCCCCUUUUAUCCACAGCAACACUCCUAAAAUCUGUAGACGGUACCUCGAACCCCUUUACCGCAAGCCCUCCAGCCUAAAGAAAAAACGCGAGCCCUAUCCGCCCGUUACAGUUUCUAACACAGCCCAUGCGAACGAGCGCCUGGUGGAUUGCCACUGGAUCCUCACCGGACUUUCACAGCUCCAUCACAAUUACAGCAGAGCCAAAAAGGCCGAUUUCGCAGCCCUUCUCGCCGCCAUCGACCGCGAUAUCGUUGAGGGAUACAAGACUCUGCCCUUCGAGUACGACGAGCAGCUAUACGCGGCCGUGAAGGAGCUGCUGCGGUUGCACCAGGCGGAGAUCGCCAGACAGAAGAGAGUCGAGGAAGGAGAGGAAGAAGAGCAGGAAGAAAUCCCUUACAAGAUCAACGUGCCGGACGGCAGAAAAUUUUGGAAACUCCUGGCAGAAAGCAAAAACCUGAAGAAUAUCGAGCUCGCGGCCUGGCGCCGCGUCUUCGAGAAUUAUUCCUCCACUGGCUCCCUACCCACCCUGGACCCCACCGCUCCCCUCCGCUCGCUCGAGGAGCGCGCCGAGUAUAAAGGCAGAUCUGAGGCGUUGCGUGAGGUGCACAAACAUCGCGUGGAGAAGAAUUCUAAGAACUCUGAAGAGGAGCGCGGUGCUUCUCGCACCACGCAGCGGGAAACAAACUUGCCUAACGAGGACGACAACGACGGCACGUCCAAGACGCGCAAAGCAGCCACAGAGUCCACCACCCGCUCUAGUAGCCGGCGCAUGAGUACCCUUCACCGGCACCGUAAUAUCGGAGACCGCUCCGACGAUGAAGAGGAAGAUGACACGAGCAAACGCCGACAUGGCUACAGCGGCGGCGGCGGCAAUGGUGGCAGAGGCGGAAGCGGGGUCCCUUCCGAUGACGACGGUUUCAGUUCCGAUUCCUCAAACGGCGACAGGAACCGCUUCUCGCGCGGUAAGCGGAACGGUGCGUCUCGCCCGUCGACGUCAGACCGCUUGGCGCCUUGGAAGGAGACAUGGUGGGCGGAUCGGCCGCCGGCGUUCGAUUUUGGGGAGACGAUAUUUGCGGCAAACUGGGAGAGCGCUAGAAUGGAUCGGGAUAUGAGGCGUGACCUCGAAAUGGACGAAACGGACGAAACGCCCCCUUACCCCGCCCCGGCAGAAGUGCCGUGGAAGUCGCGCUUUCAGCUGCCAGAUGCCACGCCGUGGAAGCAGAUGUUUGGGGAGGAAUACGAGCGCGAAGGCGUGUACUCUGUCACGCAUCUCGGCAGGGAAAAGUGCGCUGACUUUACGCUGUUUCGCGACUGCAACUUGCCGGAAAGUUUGGCGAUGCCGGUGAAGAAGGUCGAGGUUGAUAAGGCGGCAUCAAAGAAGGUCUACGAUGUUAAGCCAAAUGCUGGACAGAAGCGGAAGGGCUUACCGCUGGAGAAGGAGGGCGAGACGAAGGCGAGGAAGAGGAAGAGUGGAAGGAAAUGA